GCGACUAACGGGGUGAAUCAGUGGAAGGACACUGAUUUGUUUACUUGUUUAUCACUGUGAUAUGGAUUAAACACCAUUGUCAGCGAUGUAGAUGGAUUUUAGGUGGACACAAAAGAACUGAAUCACAUCCGGGAUUGAGGCUGACUUCAAAGUGUGACUGACCAACAUUUCAAGAUGUCGAUGCGUACAAAGAUCCGUGGGUUCACAGCCUGGGUGAACCUUCGCACAAUGUCCAACAACAGCCUGCUAAAUAAUGUCCUGAUGGACUUACUGACCGGCACACACAUGAAGUACCUCAUUGAGAGCAUCACUGGCAGGGACUUCAAGAGGCUGGAGAGUUUUGAUGGUCUGAGUCAACAGCAAAAGCAGACUCGAGUGGAGUGGGUCAUGGAGGAACUGAGGAAAUGUAAUGUCAUCCCAUUUGAUACCUAUGUGGAUUGCAGAAUGUUUGCCAUGAGGAGUGCAGAUCAUGUGUUUGAGUUGUUGUGGCGUCUGGUGAGCCAUGAUAUCUGGUUUGUCUGGGAGAGAGCUGAGUAUCUGCAACAUGAUGACAGAGACAUCUUGACACAGGUGCCCUUCAAAUGGACCCCAGAGCCACCCCCAAAGAAGAAAAAGAAGACGAAACUGAAGAAGUCUCUUCUCACUGGUUUUGGGUCAGCCUCGUUAGUGGAGGAGAAAUUACCGGGGGCUGAUGUACCAGACGAACAGUGGGUCAAGUAUCCCAACUCAGAGUUUAUGAAGAACUUCAAGAGGAAGCGGACGGCUGGCAGAUACCCAAACUCGGAUAGAUGUAUCCUGGAACUUGUAAAUGCUCAACUGAAAAAAAGUAAAGAAGGAAGCAAUCUGUUUUGUUAUAGUGUGGAUGAUCUAGUCGACAGCCGUGUGCUCUGCAUCCUCAUCAACUCCUACGUACCCAACACCUUCACCACCGACCUGCUGCUUAACGACAGGUGGACAAUCAACAUAGCCUUAAGAGCAGGGGAGAAAAUGUUCAAGUUUGAGACACCUUUUGACUCUGAAGAUUUGGUAGAGGCUGAGCCAAUGGCUGUGUGUUCCUAUUUCUGUACGUUCUUCAUGCUGGCAUACAAAUACCGCCAGUGCAAGGCCGUGAUCGACCGAGUGAACUGGAUCAACCAGCUGAUCCGCGAGUGUAACCAUGAGUUGGAGAAAUUCCCCGCCACCGUAACCAACAUGGCCGACCUGCAGAAGCGGAAGGACAUGAAGGCUAACAUCGAAGCACACAAGGAGGCUGUACAGAAGACGCUGCGGCGCUAUGACAUGCAGUACUGCAAGGAUCUGGUGCAGCACGUGGCCGACGUCCGCCUGCAGAUUCACAAGGAGAUUCGAGAACAGAUCCGGCACCGUUUUGACAAGCUCACCAUCCCCCGCAACAUCACCAUCAACGACCUCUGUCUCUCCUAUGUCAUAAACCUGACUCUCACGAAUGGUUCUGGGUUCUACAUGAUUGAACAGAAGGAGCUGCUCACUGAGGGGCGCAGACUGGUGCUCAGAAAUAAGGAGACUGGAGACUUUAUUGAUGACUUCACCAGUAAAAACAAGGAGUCUGUCAAGAAGUUCCUGCGUCUUCCAGAUCUCAACGUGGUGGAGAUUGAUCCUGCCAAAUACCCCAAGUAUGAGUUUUACCUGGAGGCCCCAAGUCGCAACAAGCAGCUGAAAGCGGGAACAGUGUUCCUGUACCAAGUGUUCCCCGGGAACACCAUCGCCUGGCAGAGGAUGUUCAUCCGAGCUGCCAAGGAUAAUGAGUACAUCAUUGUGGAGAAGAUGAUCUCGUUCUUCAAGGGAACCCCUUCCUUCAUCAACUGUAGGGAACCAAAGACUGGGAACACAGCUCUUCACUGGGCCAGUCGGAAUGGCCAUUAUGACAUUGUGUAUCUCCUCCUGGAGAGUGGCGCCAAUAUCGAUGCCAAGAACAACUUCCGCUGCACACCCCUCAACUCGGCCAUCGAGGGCUUGCACAGGAAAAUCUCCAAUCUGCUGAUUGAGUGGGGCUGUGACGUCCACUGUAAGAACAGCCGCGCUCAGAGUCCGCUGGAAUGUGCCAAGAAUGAUGACUUCAGGAAAUUCCUUAUAGGACUGUACGACCACUACUCCACCGUGGUUCCGAAGAUCAUGAACGGGGACGUACAGGCGCUGGACGAGGCUAUUAAACAACAUGUGACUGGAGAGAGGGAGUUUGUCAGCCUCACCAGCAGGUGCAUCAAUGGCAGCACACUGCUGCACACCGCUGCAUACUACGGCCAUCUGGUUGCAGUGAAGGAGCUGCUGCAGCAACGUGUGGACAUCAAUCUCCAUGACUACAAGGGUGCCACGCCCCUCCACCGUGCCAAGGACCAGGACACCAUACAGCUGCUGCUGGAGCACGGAGCUAUCAUUAACGCCGAGGAUGCGGAGGGCAACACGCCGCUGCAUGUCAAGUGUUAUGGAGAGUCCGAGAAGCCCACGGAGCUCGGCUGUAUUGAGACUCUGCUCACCAAGGAAGCCAAUCAGAUCAAAAGAAACAACAGGGGUCUACUGCCGAUCCACUGCUGUGCUAUGCAAGGACGUGUCGAUGCCAUGCAGAUGCUGCUUCAGUUUGACAUCUCGGGACAGAUCACCAACACUCUCAACAGUGAAGAGGACAGGCAGCCCCCCAGUCUCCUCCAUCUUGCCAUCGCCAACGACUUUGUGGAGUGUGCUCACUGGCUGUUGGAAAGUGGCUUCGUGUUCAAGGCAAAGGAGACAGACAUCUUGAUGAGGAGGAUCUUGACAGAACAGAUCAAAAUUAACAGCCGAGCUGAUGCUGUCAAGUUUCUCCUGGAGUGUGGUGCUGAUCCCAACCCUCGAUAUCCGGGGGGCAACAGUGCGCUGCACUACGCUGCGAGUCUGUCUGGUCCAACUGAUGUCCUCGAGAUGUUGCUGUCAUUCGGUGCUGAUGUUGACAACACCAACUAUGAAGGCAGUACGCCGCUGUUCUUUGCAACACAAGGCAACAACCAGUUUGCUGCCUGUGUUCUCAUUGGCCAGGGAGCCAACGUCAGGCAGAAAAAUAUACAAGGUCUGUCUGCAUUUGACAACAUUGUAGACUUUGAGGAGUGGAUCGAGUCAGGCUACUUCACUGACGAUAUCAGAGCAAGGCUUCAAGCCUUCAGUCUGAAACAUGCGAGGGACCUGAUCCGAGCGAUCUCCAAACGCGUGAAACCCAAUCCAGUCAUGAUGGCCCGCCAGGACCUAGCCCGGUCAGCAGCAUUGAUGUCCCAAGUGUCCAGCAGUCCCAUAGCCUGGACACGGUCCCAAGUCUCCAUCCCGUCAGCCGGGUCCCAGAGGAGUCUUCUCCCUCCCAUCACGCCUGCCAUCACCUUCUAGACGAUAUGUGGGGUUCAUACUGUUACCAUGGUUACAAGACUUAAGCAUCAAUGACUGACGAGGAGGCUGUGUUCAUGAGCUUAUAGUUACAGUUCAUG